AUGGCUCUGCAACAAUUAGAAGCGGCUAGGCUGAGUUUUGAAGCCAGUCAAAGAGAACAUGAGGAAGCCUUAAGGCAACUAUCUGAGAAUGACACGUCUGUAGAAGCUCAAAGGAUUCGGGAAUGGACCUUAGAAAACUUUCUACAACACUGUCCACCUACUUUUAAUGGGAGGACAAGUCCGGACGAGGCUGAUCUAUGGAUAAGAAAUAUGGAAAAGAUUUUUUAUGCGAAAAAUUGUUCAUCAGAAACUAGGUUGACAUACUCCGAGUAUCAGCUUGUAAGAUAUGCAAAAGAGGUGGAGUUCUUGCAGCUCGUGCAAGGUAACAAGUCGAUAGCUGAGUAUGCAGACAAGUUCAAACAGUUGAGACAUUUCUACACCCAACCAGCAAAUGAAGAAUGGAGGUGUAGGAAAUUUAAAAAUGGAUUUAGAACAGACAUACAACUAGUCGUGAACCCUUUAGCUAUUAAAGAGUUUUCUGCUUUAGUUGAACAUGCCAAAGUUGCGGAAAGAGGACCUCAUCUGAAGAGCGUCUGUCCACAAGUUACUGUGCGCAACAAAUGUUUUCUUUGCGGAGCAGAAGGGCAUUUUGCUAGAGAUUGUCCCUCUAACAAAAGAGAAACAACUCAACCUCAACAACCACCUCAACAGGGAAGGACUGACAAUAGGCCACAAGCGAUUGGAAGAGUCUAUGCUUUAACGGGGGCAGAAGCUGCCAAAUCAGGUACCCUCAUCAUUGGAUGUUGUAUUAUAGCUGGUAGAGACUUGAAUGUGUUGUUUGAUUCUGGAGUGACACACUCCUUUUUGUCUGAAACUCUUAUUCAAGAGUUGAAUCUACCCGUGAAAGAGCUGCAGUAUGAUCUUAUAGUGUCUACACUGGCCUCCAAAUUGAUAAAAACAUCGAGGAUGUGUCCUCAAUGUCCAAUAGUUGUAGAAGGACGUAGGUUCAAAGUACAUCUUAUAUCUUUACCUCUACAAGGUUUAGAUGUAAUCUUAGGAAUUGAUUGGUUAUCUGCUAAUCGUAUCCUUAUAGACUGUAACAAGAAGGAGUUGAUUUUCCCUAAUCCUGAAAAAUCGGAGUUGUUGUCAUUACAACAAGUGUUAAAAGAAGUAAAAGAAGGAUCUUCGUGUUUCAUUAUCUUGACUCAUCUGGAAGUUGAGAAAAAUGAACAAAAUCUUGAUAUUCCCAUAGUUAAUGAGUUUAGUGAUGUGUUUCCAGAAGAAGUACCAGGAUUGCCACCUCAAUGA